AUGACCGACUCGUCGAAGGUGAUCGUGUGCGACAACGGCACGGGAUUCGUGAAGUGCGGCUUCGCCGGCUCCAACUUCCCGGCCUCCAUCUUCCCCUCGAUGGUGGGCAGGCCCAUCCUGCGUUCCGAGGAGAAGUUCGACAACGUCGAGAUCAAGGACAUCAUGGUCGGCGACGAGGCCUCCAAGCUCAGGUCCAUGCUCCAGAUCACCUACCCGCUCGACAACGGUAUCGUCCGCAACUGGGAGGAUGCUGAGCACGUCUGGAACUACACCUUCUUCGAGAAGCUGAAGGUGGACCCCAAGGACUGCAAGAUCCUGCUCACUGAGCCGCCCAUGAACCCCCUCGCCAACCGCGAGAAGAUGGUCCAGGUCAUGUUCGAGAAGUACGGCUUCAAGGCCGCCUACAUCGCCAUUCAGGCUGUCUUGACCCUCUACGCCCAGGGUCUGCUUACUGGUGUGGUCGUCGAUUCGGGUGACGGUGUGACCCACAUCGUGCCCGUGUACGAGGGCUUCUCGCUGCCCCACUUGACCCGUCGUCUCAACGUCGCCGGUCGUGACGUCACUCGCUACCUCAUCAAGCUUCUCCUCCUCCGCGGCUAUGUCUUCAACAGGACUGCCGAUUUCGAGACCGUCCGUCAGAUCAAGGAGAAGUUCUGCUACGUCGGUUACGACCUCGAGCUUGAGAAGCGUCUGGCCCUCGAGACUACCACCCUCGUCGAGAAGUACACCCUGCCCGACGGUCGCGUGAUCCGCAUCGGUGCCGAGCGAUUCGAGGCUCCCGAGUGCAUGUUCAACCCCGCGCUCGUCGAUCAGGAGAGCGUCGGCGUUGGCGAGCUCGUCUUCGACUGCAUCAACAAGGCCGAUAUCGACACCCGUGCCGAGUUCUACAACCACAUCGUGCUCUCCGGCGGUUCGACGAUGUACCCCGGCCUCCCCUCGCGUCUCGAGAAGGAGAUCAAGCGCCUCUACUUCGAGCGCGUGGCCAAGGGCAACAAGGUCUCGAUGCAGAAGUUCAAGUGCCGCAUCGAGGACCCGCCGCGCAGGAAGCACAUGGUGUUCCUCGGCGGUGCCGUGCUCGCCGAGAUCAUGAAGGACAAGACCGCCUUCUGGAUGAACAAGUCCGAGUACGAGGAGCAGGGCCCUCGCGUCCUCCGCAAGUGCUUCUAA